CCCACUGGGGGUGAAAGAUGGGAAGACAUACUGAGAAUCCAAAUCGCCAACAUUUUUCCUUUGACCCAGCAACAAACAAAUCGAAGUGCAACGUUGAGGGAUGUGGAGCCGAAAUAGCGGGUAACCAUGGGGGGAACUUGCAGAGGCAUAUCCAAAGGCGUCACCCGGACCUGUUCAACAAGUCUUCGAAUUCUACUGCUACCACACAAAAAAGACCUGGCCCAAGUCAAAGAACUUUAGAUGAGGUUACUGUGAAGAAGCCAAAAUUGCUCCAUGUACCCAUUACAUCGGAGGCCCUCGUAGAUGUGUGUUUGGAGCUGGUCACAGUGAACGGCAGACCAUUUUCCUUAAUGGAAGACACUGGCUUUAGAAAAAUAAUUGACCCACUACAACAAGCAAUUGGAAAUGGUUUCUCAAUUAAUUCAGCCAACAUUCGUGAGAGGGUCACAACACUCGCUGACAGCGAAAGGAGAAAACUGAUAGACGAGCUUAGUGGCAGGCUUAUCCUGCUGAAAAUCGACAGUGCCACUUGCAGGGAUCGCUCUGUUUUGGGGAUUAAUGUGCAAUAUGCAGAAGGAGAAAACAUUGUGUUACGGACGUUGGCUGUUCGAGAACUGUGCGAAAGACAUACGGCCUCCUAUAUCUCUUCUGUGGUACAGGAGGUGUUGGAAGAGUAUAAAAUCAGUCUGAAGCAGGUGUACUCGAUCACUGCGGACAACGGUGCCAACAUGCAAAAGGCAGUGCAACUAUUGUCCGACCUGCAAGCGACAGGCAAUGAUGAUGAGGAGGACACUGAUGCAGACACAGAAGCUGACGACACGGGAAGAGAACCUGAUGUUGAAAUUGAUUCUGUUGUUCAGGGGCAGAUCUUGCGCAGUGUGCGUUGUUCAGCACACACUUUACAACUAGCAGUAGAUGAUGCAUUGAAAGAGAAGGGGGUGUCUAACAUCAUUGGUAAAGCACGCCGUGUUGCUAAAAAGUUGCGCACUCCAAAUGUUGUGGCCGUUAUUAAAAGAAUGGGCCACAGGAGGGCCAUAGUUGACUGCCCCACGCGCUGGCAUUCCACACACGACAUGUUAGAACGACUUUGCGAGCUCAGAUCGUUUUGUGAUGACAUGUCGCCUACCGUUAAUGAGCUGCAUUUAAGUGAACCCCAGUGGCAGGCCAUUUCAAAUAUAGUCAAUGUGUUGAAACCUGCGAAAAUUACAACCAAAUGCAUCCAAUCAGAACAGCUUACCGCAGGUGACUUUUACGGCCAGUGGCUGAAGUGUGUGUUAGAUACCGAAAAAAUGGACAGCCCCUUUGCCAAACGACUGGUCCAGUGCAUGAAAUCACGUCAACAUACAUUGUUUUAA